AUGCCAGGUGUUCCGUCUAGCCGGGGCUGCGAUGCGUGUCGCAAGGUGAAGAAGAAGUGCGAUCAACUUAAACCGACUUGCUCACGUUGCGCCCGUUUGAAGAUCACGUGUGUGGGAAGUGGACAACAGCGAUACAUGUUCAAAAACCAACCAUUGAAAGUGACGCAAUCACAAAAUGGCGCGCUGCAAAAGUCGCACCCCCCUGUGACAGAGGAGAUCAUCUUCUCUUUUGGAACCCCACCGAGUGUACUCAACACUGAAACUGGUCGAUUGGCAUCCGCCUUUGUGGAAACGCUGAAGAUCACCGAUGUGCGAUAUGCCGUGACCUACUAUGGACCAUUCCUUCGGGAAAUUCCCCAAAGGCUGGGGAAUAGUCCUGUGCUAGAUUCGGCUGUGAAAGCUAUGUCGUCUGCAUAUCCCUUUGUCCACAAGGGAACAUUUCCAUCCUCUGCUUUGGUCCAUUAUGGUCAAUCGCUACGGGCAUUGAGGGAUUGCUUAAAUAACCCAUCCGAGGCUCGUACAUCCCACACACUGUGUGCUGUCUAUUUGAUCACGAUAUGCCAGAGCUGGCUGGGGAAGGUUGAUGAUUCUUUGACCAGCCACAGCGAGGCCCUCGCCUUUCUUUUGAAGGCGUCUUCGCUGGGUGAAUGGAGAUCCCAGUUCGAGAUGCAAAUGGUCAUUACACUCAGUGUGCCUAUAAUCCUCGAAGGCAUCGUCAACCCUCGUAUCAGAAUGGACCCUGAAUUUUGGGAAAUGAUGACUACCUAUAGAAAACGCCUUGACCCACAAGCUUUUGAGAGAUCGAAAAAUUCCACACAACUGCACCAUCUCGCCAUGCUUCCAGAGUUUGUUCAAAAUCCCGAUGCGCAUGUAUUUGAUAUCGCCAAAAUGUACCUUUCACUCAAAAGGGAUGCGCAGACGAUCAAAGCAGCCCUUGAUCAAUACGCACCCUUUGUUCCGGCUUCCUUCUCGACCCCUCAAGUUGGAAAGCACUCGCAGCAACAGGCUGCUUAUACCAUUGUCACUACACUGGCUGCGCUACUCAACACUCUUCUUCGCCUUUUCAAUCCAUCCAACUCGAUCUUAGAAUCCGAGACAACCUUCUUCUGCGACGAAGUACUCACACAAGCAGUACUGGCUUCAUGUUACAGACCCAUGGGUUCAGCGUAUAUGCCUCUUUCCCUCGUCGUCUGUUGGGCUUGUACCCAUGACAUUGUUCAACUGGCAAAAAUCGAGACUGUUCUUGCUGAUUAUCAGACCGACUUUGCCGAACUACCCUGGAUGAAUCGUGGAAUCUGGUUGGCCACUUUGUUGAACAGCCACCGUGAGCGGAUUGCUUUGGAAAUGGCAACGGGCGCAAGUCCUUCUUCUAACCCGGAAGACGUAGUUCAUACCGCGGGAGAAUCUUGCUGUAUCCUUUAA